AUGUCAGGCGUAUCAUUGCCAGCAAGCACCGCCACUUCCACUGACGACCAGGCAACAGGACCCAUCAUCGAAGAAGACAAGUCUCUACAAGAAAUCCGUACGGCCGCAUCUCAGGAUCAAGAUUACAGUCGUCUCGUUCACUACGUCUCCAACGGUUUUCCUACCAACCGCUAUGAUCUCCACGUUUCCGCCCUCCCGUAUUGGAAGCUGUGGGACAACCUUUACGCGGAUGGAGAGUUGAUAUUGUAUGGACCCCGGAUCGUCAUCCCUGCAGCCCUCCGUAGACGCACCUUGGAUCGACUCCACGACAGCCAUCGAGGGAUUGAAGCUACUCGACGUCGUGCAAUGCAGACAGUAUUCUGGCCAGGUAUCAAUGCAGAUAUCAAGAGUAAAGUAGAGAGCUGUGAGGCCUGCCAACAGCCUGCUCCCCUAGUCAGCAACAAGAACCUUACAUGUGUGACGACCAUCCAUCCCGGCCCUUCGAAAGUGUGUCCAGCUGACUUCUUCCACGUAGCAGGGAAAUCCUUCCUGGUUAUUGCUGAUAGACUUUCAGGCUGGCCUGUGGUUGUUCCUGUGGACGUGACACAACUGCAGCCAGAGUUACAAGAACGUUCUGCUAAUGGACACGCAGAAGCUGCAGUGAAAGCUGUUAAACACCUUAUCAUCAAGACUGCCCCAUCCGGGAACAUAGAUUGUGAAGCCUUUGAUAGAGGACUGCUGGAGCUUCGAAAUACACCGAACCCUGCUGGACGCUCCCCUGCGCAGAUCCUCUAUGGCCAUCCUCUCCGCACUUGUGUUCCGGCUCACCUCAGAUCAUUCACAGAGGAGUGGCAAACUAAGACUGAGGAUUACGACCGUCGCACUGCUGCCCAAACCGACCAAGCCAUGAGCCUUUACAAUUCCCAUGCCCUCCCUCUACCCAAACUCACCAUCGGCCAACGAGUUAGGAUACAGGACGCAACGACGCUUCGAUGGGACAAGGUCGGCAUCGUUGAAUGGGGCCCGCGGAAUGUUUCAAGAAAGUAUGAAAUAGCCUUCCAAGUGGUCAUGUAUGGUUUUCGAAACCGAAGACAUUUACGCCCAGUGGCUAACAUGAGUGAUGACACCUCUCCCCAAGUCCCUGUGUCCCCUUGCUCUGGCCAGGAAAGAGAGCCAUCAUUCGAACCCUCCAAUGUCCCUCGCCAUUCACCUCGACUAGCUCAGAGGAAUUUAUGUUCCGCUCAAGACACUGCUACGAGCGUAAAGGGGGAGGGAGGUGUAUAG